GUAGGAGGUGGGAUACAAAUGAAAUAUUAAGGAGAAAGAGGAGGCAAAGAAGAAGCAAUGGCAGGGCAUGAGCAGCUGAAGAAAUCAAGGGUAGUGAAAGUGAACUCUGAAGAAACUUGGGAUUUGUUCGUAACUAAAGCGAGAGACCAAGGCUGCCCUAUUGUAGUCCAUUUUACUGCUUCUUGGUGCUUGCCAUCUGUGGCCAUGAAUCCAUUUUUUGAAGAAAUGGCAUUAAGCUACCGAGAUGUUCUGUUUCUAGUGGUGGAUGUGGAUGAAGUUAAGGAGGUAGCAACAAGGAUGGAGAUAAAAGCCAUGCCCACAUUUGUGUUGAUGAGGGAAGGAGCUCAGGUGGACAAGCUUGUGGGUGCUAACCCUGCUGAGAUCAAGAAGAGGAUUCAUGGUUUUGUUCACUCUUUUCGUUCGUAUUUUAUUAGUUAAAAUCCCACUUUCUUAGAUUUGAUGAUGUGCAGUGUGAGUGAGUUUGCAUUAUUGUUCUUUCAAUUUCUGAAGUAGUAGUGGUUGAAUUUGUAGUCAAAUAGUGGUUUGAUUAUUAUAAGUUCUUAUGAAUUUGCUUGAUUGUGAAGUAGAAGAAUUAUAGCCCUAAAGGUUCAUUAAUGUGAUUAACAUGAUUUUUGUCAUUUGAAACUCUUUACUUUGAGUCCCA